AUGAUCCAGAGCCCUCAUAACACAGCUGGCAUUAACUGUGAGAAGUGUGCAAAAGGUUACUAUCGUCCUUAUGGUGUUCCAGUGAGAGCUCCUGAUGGUUGCAUACAUACUCCUGUAUAUCCUUCUACUUCUUCAAUUCCAAGUGAUGCUGUGGCUGGUGACAUCAUAGAAGAAGGCUGCAAACCAGGGUAUUUUGGCCCCCAGUGUCUGUCAUGCCAGUGCCACGGUGCAGGAGUGCUGGGCGGUGACUGUGAUGGAAGUACUGGGCAGUGCAGAUGUCGGACUGGAUUUGGGGGUUUGUCCUGUGAUACCUGUGCAGCUGGCUAUUUUCAGUACCCCUUCUGCCAGGUGUGUGAAUGUAACUUGAUGGGUACCCAGCCCGAAGUCUGUGAUUUUCUUGGGAGGUGUCUUUGUCGCUCAGGGGUCACUGGACAUCAGUGUGACAGCUGCCAGCCUGGCCACCACUCAUUCCCUGCCUGUCAAGCAUGCAAUUGUGAUGGUGUUGGCUCUUUGGGGAAUACCUGUGGUCCUGGAGGGCAGUGUCUGUGCCGUGGUAACUAUGCUGGGCUGAGAUGUGACCAGUGUGCUCCAGGAUAUUACAGCUACCCCGACUGCUUGCGUGUCAGCAGCGAGUGUGACCCCGCCGGUAGCGUUGGUUCUCACUUUGGAUAUUGUCAAUGUCUCCAGCAUGUUGAAGGUCCUACCUGCAGUAAAUGCAAACCCUUGUACUGGAACCUGGCCAAAGAAAACCCUGAGGGAUGUACAGGGAGUGUGUGUUUUUAA